UCGAUUGAACCCCCUUCUUCAAGCUAGCUCCGCCCCCGACUCCUACUCAUGUCACCAUAGUGGAAUGAGUAAUUGAUGUUAAUUUCUCCUUUUUGCAGGUUCAUUGUUAAUUUUGUUUCUCUGUGUGGCUAUUGUAGAUAUUUGGGUUGUAAGGCAUUGCAGUUUGCACAUUCAAAGGGUAGAUGGCCUCCUUAUCUCUAGCAGUUGGGAAUUGUGGAAAAGGUAGAAAUGCAGCGGACCUGAGUUCUGAAUUUGUGCCACACUUGUCUCUUGGGAGUGAGUUUCUUACCAAAAGGUUGUAUGGCCUGAAUUUUAAGGAUUUGGGAAGUCCCAAAGUGAGGACGAGGAAGAAGUUUCGCAUUGGUGCUGAAAUAAAAAAGUGGAAGAAGCAGGAUUACCCGUGGCAUGGUGAUAUUGAUCCAGACACUAAGACACCCUUAAAGUAUCUUUCCUACUUUAAGCCUCUUGAUGAGAAACCGAAACCAGUCACACUUGCCUUUGAGAAGCCAUUGGUUAAUUUAGAGAAGCAGCUUAUUGAGGUACGUAGAAUGGCCGAAGACACUGGACUAGAUUUCACUGAUCAGAUUUAUGCUUUGGAAGCUAAGUAUCAACAGGCCCUGAGGGAUUUGUACACUCAUUUGACACCCAUCCAACGGCUCCAAAUUGCUCGACACCCUAAUAGACCAACUGUUCUAGAUCAUAUACUAAAUAUGACAGAGAAGUGGGUAGAGCUCCAUGGAGAUCGUGCUGGCUAUGAUGAUCCAGCCAUGGUGACUGGCAUUGGGAGCAUUGAAGGUAGAAGUUACCUCUUCAUUGGUCAUCAGAAAGGUAGAAAUACAAAAGAAAACAUCAUGCGGAACUUUGCAAUGCCAACCCCUCAUGGCUACAGAAAGGCUUUGAGAAUGAUGAAAUAUGCUGAUCAUCAUGGCUUCCCUAUUGUUACAUUUGUAGACACUCCAGGGGCUUUUGCUGAUUUAAGAUCUGAAGAGCUAGGUCAGGGUGAGGCAAUAGCCUACAAUUUAAGGGCAAUGUUCGGGCUGAAAGUUCCAAUCAUAACGGUUGUAACUGGUGAAGGUGGUUCAGGCGGCGCUCUUGCCAUUGGAUGUGCAAACAAGUUGUUAAUGUUGGAAAACUCAGCAUUUUAUGUUGCUAGUCCUGAAGCUUGUGCUGCAAUAUUAUGGAAAUCUUCACAAGCAGCUCCAAAGGCAGCUGAGAAGCUGAGGAUCACAGCUCAGGAACAUUACAGGCUCCGGAUAGCGGAUGGAAUUAUUCCUGAACCGCUCGGUGGUGCACAUGCUGAUCCUUUCUGGGCAUCUCAGCAGAUUAAACAUGCUAUUCUCGAUGCUAUGGCGGAACUUGGAAGGAUGAAUUCUGAACAAUUGCUUCACCAACGGAUGCUUAAAUUUCGUUAUAUUGGAGGUUUCCAAGAGGGAAUACAGGUUGAACCUGAAAGGAAGCGCAACAUGAAGCCAUCCGAGGCUAACACACCGCCUGCUGAUUUGGAAUCAGAGCUUGCAAAUCUUAAAAAGAAAAUUCUAGAAGCUAAGGGACCAUCUGAUCCUGUUACUAUCCAAGUCCUUGAGAAGCUCCAAGAAGAUCUAGACAAUGAAAUGACUAAAGCAUUCAUAGCUAUGGGCUUGGAGGAUAAAGUUGAAUCUCUUAAACUAGAGUUGCAAAGAGCUCCUAAUCCGGAUCAACCACUUAACAAGUCUUUGCAGGAGAAAGCCGAUAAGAUUAUGCAAGAAUUUAAGCAGAAGUUGUCACAACCUGGGGCGUAUCUUGGUUUAAAGCAAAAACUUUACACUGUGAACAUGGCUAGCAGGCUCAUCGAGCUGAAGAACAAAAGUGAAAAAAUAAAAACUGAAGUUAAUCAGAAAAUUCCAACAACUGUAAAAGCCAAGAUAGACCGUUUAAAGACAGCUUCAGAAAAGCUAAGAAUUGGGGAUUCUUUGGAUACAAAUCUUGUAGAGGAAGUAGAGAAAGCUAAGAAAGAGCUGGAGGAUGUUCUAAGAUCAGCCAACCUGGAAAUAGUCGGCACGCGCAAAAGGACAAAUGUUGCUGUUCCUCCGGAAUUGGAAGAGGAGGUGGCUAAGGUAAAUGCAGAGAUUAAAGAGGAGAUGGAAAGAGCAGUGACUAGAUCAGGUCUUAGCGAGAAGAUUGAAGAGCUGAAGGCAGAGAUUGUGAAGGACUCCAACUCAGAAAAGGUAAUAGAGCUGGAAACUGAGAUAAGGGAGGGUAUUGCUGCUACCCUCAGUGUCACCCCAGUGAAGAAAAAGGUUGAAAGUUUGAGAGAAAAACUAGCAUCACUCACCAAAGAUGAUGCGGAAAGUAAAGUGAUCUUAGAAAAUGGAAGAUGGUGAAACUAGCUCAUGAGUUUACUCCUUGUGCUAUCUUGGGCAAAGUAGUACUUGAUUUUGGUUUGGAAGAGUUUUUUCUGGUCCUCCUGAGAUAUUGUAAGUAUUAGUGAUUUGUACCUUGAUGAUUUUGUACUUGUAAGUUGUAUUGUAACAUAUAUAUGGAUUACAGAUGUAAAGUUGGUUAGCAGCAUAAUAUGUAUGUCCAUUUUCUUCUUA